GUGAUAACCACUUCCGCGGUCAAGUAGGCGUGGGCAGUAACAAAACGUCAUUUACGCGCGAAAAAAAAGUGGUCUUGACUUGAUGUAGCGGAGGAUUGUUAAGGUUUAUAGUCGUGUUACUUGUAGGUUUGGGUUUUUAAAACGUUUUAGAUCGAGUUUUCAGCGAGUUAUUAUUUAUAUCCGCUCAAUGUGCACGCGAGCAAUCGGAUUGACACGUGUUAAUAGAAUAUAAAGGAGCUUUUAAAGGGCUUCUUCUGUAUCUUUUCAGGAAAAUGAGUCGCUACUUCACAAGACUGCGUGUGAGAAGAACUUACACGUGGCCUGGAAAGCCGAUCAGUGAAGACAGAAAGCUGAAGAGACUGUACCACGAGUCUUUGGCGAUAUCUGUGGAAGGAAGACCGGACGAUGUAGUGGUGUCUGUAGGUCAGUACAUUCUGAUUGAGGGAGAUGACGACGACAACCCGUAUGUCGCACAGCUCCUCGAGCUUUUCUCUCAUGAUACGGAUAAGCAGAAGAGGGCGGUGGUGCAGUGGUUUGUGCGGAUGUGUGAAAUACCCAAUAGCAAAAGGAAGUUACUGGGCCGGGAAGCCAAUCCACAAGAAAUCUUUUACUACAAGGAUUCCUCCUGUGAUAACGAGGUGGAUGCUCAGACCAUCCUAGGAACAGUUCAGAUUAAACACGUUCCUGUUGAGACUCCUUUCCCAGACGACAAAAGCAAAGACACACUGUUUGUUAAAUUUAUGUGGGACACUAAGACAUUCCAAGUCAUGGAUCCUGAGUUGAUGAAGCCCCCUCAAAGACCCAAAUCUCCACCCCCGGCCCAGCAUCCACCACGACUCCGUGCUCUCCCCACCCCGGACCUCAGCGUGAUGAAGCGUGCCAUGUCCGGCAUAAACACCCGCAGCAGCAUGAGCACCGGCAAGAUGGGUUCCACCGAGGCCGAGUCGGCUCACUCCGCGUCCAAGCUGUCCGCCGCCAAACUGCUGAACGUGAAGCGGAGAGACCGAGUCUCGUCCAACCCUAACAUCCGCAAGAAACUCGACCUGUGCAGUCCGGCGAAGAAGCUGACUAGUGACGAUGUUCUCGGGGAGAUAUUGAAUGAUGUCCAGGAGACUGAGGAAGUGCUGGCCAGCGAACUGGGUGCUUCUCCACCUCGUCGCAUCGCCAUCUCCAUCUGCCUGACCCCACUCAAAGACCCAGUCUUUAACAAAACAUCCACUGAGGAGAAGAAUCUGUCCAUCCAGCCUCCGCAAAGCCCCAAUAAACCCGAUCACUCUGCUUGUGAUAACACCUCCACCAGAGUCGAGCCUCUGGAAGACGAUGUGUUUGAGUCAGAGCUACUCCUCAGUAAAGGCAGGACGCCUCGUAGGAGAGAAGCCACGCCCAGGAGAGCUGGUCUGAGUGGGCACAACGCAAGAACUCCAUCCAGGAUGAGAGAGUCGGUUACAGUCCGAGAGCCUGCUCUUGCUGUGCUGGCUGAAGAAGAACACGAAGACUCGCCUACGCAAACUACUGAAACUCCACGCUCCAAGAGGAAAUCUGCCCAGCUUGUGUCCUCUCUCAUUCGAAAGCAGCUGAACGUCUUGAGUAGCCACGAUGACCUGCAGUCUGAUGGUGAAGACGCUGAUGACGACGGCUGUUUCGUGCCCUCUAAGCUCGAUCUGGAGAACAGCAGCGAAGAGGAAGAGGAGGCGAAAAUGGACAGUGAAGACGAGCUAGUGGUGAAGAGGAGUAGGCGCUCAGCAGGUCCGAGAACGCCGUCGACUGAAAAGACCCGCGGUUCUGCGAGAACCCCUCGCGAAACUCCAAACACGAAGUCUGCUCCUCCCACUCCCCGUGCACCUCGACAUGCCACGCCAAGCAUUCCCAGCCGAAAUCUGCCAGCCAGGAAGCCUGGGAAUGUAUUGGAGGAAGCAAGGGCAAGGGCUGAAGAAGAACACGAAGACUCGCCUACGCAAACUACUGAAACUCCACGCUCCAAGAGGAAAUCUGCCCAGCUUGUGUCCUCUCUCAUUCGAAAGCAGCUGAACGUCUUGAGUAGCCACGAUGACCUGCAGUCUGAUGGUGAAGACGCUGAUGACGACGCCUGUUUCGUGCCCUCUAAGCUCGAUCUGGAGAACAGCAGCGAAGAGGAAGAGGAGGCGAAAAUGGACAGUGAAGACGAGCUAGUGGUGAAGAGGAGUCGGCGCUCGGCAGGUCCGAGAACGCCGUCGACUGAAAAGACCCGUGCUUCUGCGAGAACCCCUCGCGAAACUCCAAACAGGAAGUCUGCUCCUCCCACUCCCCGUACACCUCGACACGCCACUCCAAGCAUUCCCAGCCGAAAUCUACCAGCCAGGAAGCCUGGGAAUGUAUUGGAGGAAGCAAGGGCAAGGUUGCAUGUAUCUUCAGUCCCUGAGUCUCUGCCAUGUCGAGAGCAGGAGUUCCAAGACAUCUACAACUUUGUGGAGAGCAAGAUCAUGGAUGGCACUGGAGGGUGUAUGUAUAUCUCAGGCGUUCCUGGCACAGGGAAGACUGCCACAGUGCAGGAGGUGAUCAGGUCUCUGCAGCAGGCAGCAGAGCAGGAGGAGAUCCCACCGUUCCGUUUCAUAGACAUCAACGGCAUGAAGAUGACCGACCCACACCAGGCAUAUGUCCAGAUUCUGCAGAAACUGACCGAUCAGAAAGCAACGGCGGACCAUGCUGCUGCCCUGCUGGAGAAACGCUUCAGUACACCAGCGCCGAAGAAAGAGACUACAGUGCUGCUGGUGGAUGAGCUGGACCUUUUAUGGACCAGGAAGCAGAACGUCAUGUAUAAUUUAUUCGACUGGCCAACGAGACGGCAUGCGCGUCUGGUGGUCCUGACUAUCGCUAACACCAUGGACCUACCCGAGAGAAUCAUGAUCAACCGUGUGGCCAGUCGCCUGGGGCUGACGCGCAUGUCCUUCCAACCGUACACUUUUAAGCAGUUACAGCAAAUUAUCACAUCUCGACUGAACAGACUAAAAGCUUUCGAGGAAGACGCUCUUCAGCUAGUCUCUAGAAAGGUUGCAGCUCUGUCUGGUGAUGCACGUCGCUGUCUAGACAUCUGCAGACGCGCCACUGAGAUCUGUGAGCACUCCGGUCUGAAGGGUGCCGUCGGGUUGGUUGGAAUGAGUCAUGUGAUGGAAGCCUUAGACGAAAUGUUCUCUUCCUCCUACAUCACAGCUAUCAGGUGUGCCUCUCUACAGGAGCAGCUCUUCUUGAGGGCUGUGAUUGCAGAGUUUCGCAGGCUGGGUCUUGAAGAGGCCACCUUUCAGCAGGUGUUUUUACAGCACCAGGCCUUGUGUCGGGUAGAAGGGCUGCAGCCGGUGAGCGUGUCUGAGAGCCUGGCUGUGUGUCAGAGGUUAGGAGCUUGUCGGCUGCUCCUGCUUGAGCCCAGUCGCCUGGAUCUUCUCCUCCGUGUUCGCCUCAAUCUCAGCCAGGAUGACGUGCUGUACGCCCUGAAGGCGGACUGAGUGUGUGUGAGGGAAAUGCUAACUAACUCAGAAAGGUUUAAUGAAAACCUCAGUAAAGCUGAAAUGGAGAACAUGGUUGUAUUUAUACCCUUGGACCAAUUGAUAUUAGCUGGUACUGCUUGACCUGGAAGUAUCAGACUGUCUGAUACCUUUAGCGGUUAACAGAAGUAGUGCAUUUGCGUUCAAUGCACAUGUGAUACAAGAUCCCUCAAAGGAAAUUUUUUUUCCCCCCUCUCUCUAAAUAAGAUUUUAGUCUCAGACGCUGGCAUUUUUUUGGCUAGUGGCAUCGAGCACGUAAUGUUUUGCAUGUAAAAUACCCUUCUUUUUUUUUUAACAUCGAAUUGGACUUCUCAGUUAGGUGAUUCAUUGGUGUUGAGCACAAAAUAGACUGAUUUACAAGAAAACAAUCGUUUCAUUUUUAACAUUGGAGAGCAAGCCUCCCCUCAUUCUGUGUUCCACUUAUCGUCCAGUAAGGUCUGUCUCAAUGUGUGUGUGGGAUGAAUUUUGUAGUGCUUUCCUGAGCCAAAUAAUAUUUUAUAAUCUUUAUAUUUUUAUGUGUAAUAUUCCUGAACUCUAAAUAAAGCUAUUGAAAAUCGUU